AUGUCGGGAGUCCAGCCUGUCGCAGUCUAUGCGCUGCAGGUGCCGCCGGGGGGCGGCUUGGUCCCUGCCGUCCCGGACUCCGCUGCGAUGUUUCGCGUGAGCAUGGCGGCCAUCGACCCCGAUGCGGCACCUGAAUACGAGGACGACUACGACUCCAGCAAGCCUCCACGUGCCACUCUCAAGAUCGUGCGUCCGCCGCCUGGCAUGGACAUGGAUGAGGACGAUGACGACUACGAGGACGAGAGCGACGAGGACUCUGAGGACGAGGAGAUCAAUGGCGGACCCAGCGACAAGGAAAAGGCCAAGAAACUGCGCGAAGCUGCUGCUCGCAAGGAGAUGGAGGACGCCAUGGAUGAGGAUGACUCUGAUGGGGCAGGAGAGGAAGUUGACAUGAAGUCUGCCAUCUCCAAGCUGAUCAAGGGGAAGGCCCCUGCUAAAGAUGGCGAUGAUGACGACGAUGAUGAGAGUCUGGAUCUCGAAGAGAUUGUCGUCUGCACCCUGGACCCGGAGAAGCCCCUCGACAUCACCGUGUCCGAGAAUGAGCGGAUCUACUUUAAGGUGACUGGUACUCACACGGUCUAUCUGACCGGCAACUACGUGAUGCCGACCGACGAGGGUCGCAGGAUGCUCGAUGACGAGGACGAAGAGGACGACGAGGAUGAAUAUGAUCUCUCCCCCGACGAGGACGAGUUGGAUAUGGACCUGAUUGACGAAGACGAGGAGAGUGACGAGCUGGAUGAUCUGGAGAACCCUCGAAUCACCGAGAUUAACUCCGACGAGGAGGAGGAGGCUCCAAAGCUCGUCACCGCACCCCCGAAGGGGAAAAACAAGCGUCCCGCGGAAGAUGAGGCCGGCCUGGAUGACAUGAUGGCCAAGGAUGCCAAGUCCAAACCCAACGGCGAGGCCAACCUGAGCAAGAAGCAGCAGAAGAAACUGAAGAAGAACAACGGCGAAGCCGCUCCUGUCGAAGAGAAAAAGGAUGCAAAGGACGGGAAGGAUGGAAAGGACGCUCCGGCCAAGUCUGACAAGAAGGUUCAGUUUGCGAAGAACCUCGAACAGGGUCCCACCGGGUCUGCUCAGGACAAGAAAUCCUCCGAGAAGACCACCGGCACAUUGGGUGUGAAGGAGGUCCAGGGUGUGAAGAUCGAUGACAAGAAGCUUGGAAAGGGUCCUGUUGCCAAGAAUGGAAACACGGUGUCCAUGCGCUACAUCGGUAAACUGGAGGACGGAAAGGUCUUUGAUGCCAACAAGAAGGGAAAGCCUUUCACUUUCAAGCUCGGCAAGGGUGAGGUGAUCAAGGGAUGGGACAUUGGCGUUGCUGGUAUGGCUGCUGGUGGUGAGCGACGCAUCAUCAUUCCACCUCACCUCGGCUACGGCAAGAAAGCCAUGCCGGGCAUUCCUCCCAACUCCAAGCUCAUUUUCGAUGUGAAGCUGCUGGAGAUCAAAUAA